AUGGGUAUAAUCAAAUUAAACAAUUUUUUGUUUUUCAUUAUUUUAACAAGAAUUUUUUGGACAACACCACUGUUAGUUGAAUCUGUUAAUUGGUGUAAAGCUUUUGCUUGCUCAACUUUUGGAUUUGGUGAAUGCCCUGAAGGUUCGUCUUGUUUACUUGGGAAAUGUUGUAAAAGGAAGGGAGCAGAGGAAGCUACGGAAGCUACUACAAUUUCAAUAAUUGAUACAAUUCCUUUAACUACAGAAUCUACCACAGAAUCUACAACCACAAGUACCACAACCACUACUACUACUACUACAUCUACAACAACCCCAACGACCCCAACAACCACUACCCCUAGUACAACUACAAGCACAACAACCACUACUACAACUACAACCACCACAACUUCUACUACAACCCCUUCCACAACCACUACAACUCCAACAACAACAACCCCUUUAACUCCACCAACAACUCCUCCAAUGUUAUAUAUCAAUGGAGUUCCUUUAAAACCCUGCAUUGACGAUAUUGAAAAAUUUAAAGGAAUAUGUGCAAUUGCAGCAAAUUUAGGGCAUUGUUUGUCAAGUAAUGUACUAGUAAAAAGAAAAAUGGCAAUUAGUUGUUGUGGAACUUGUCUUAAAUUAAAUGAAAAUUUUCUACCAAAACAACAGACAAUAAAAUAAAUAUUUUGAUUUUAAAAAACUUGA